AUGACGUGUGCCAAGGAUCAUCUGAACCUGCACUGGGGUUCAGAUGAUCCUUGGCAUACAUCACAAUUUGGCAUUGUUGCCCAUCCAGACGUCUUUCAACUUGAACAAACAAAUCCACCACGCACACAGUGGAUUGGUUUACAUUUGUUUGAACCAGACGCUGUUGUCUCUCAUUACCUUUGGUGUUCUGAGGUGGAAUACAUAGGACUUAACGAUGCGAAGAUGUUAUUGUCCAAAUUCCUUUCUGACAUUCCAAGUCAAGAGGUCUAUGACAUGAGAUGCGAUGUAUGCUCAGGAGGCAUAGGACAUAGGCAGUGGUAUCCAAUGCUUUUUUCUUUUUGA